AUGUUCUAUCAACCUGAAAAAAUCAAAAAAAAAUUUAAUUUUAGGCACAGAGUCCAUAUUGGUUGGGAUGCUUUGAGUGGUUUUAACAAUGAAAGUCAAGGUGCUCCAAUGGAUGAAACAGUUCGUCGAUUACUUUGUGAAAUUGGACACAAUCCUGGCGAAAUGAAAAAAAGCGAAUUAAAAUUUGCUCAAAAAUUUAUUACUAAUUAUAAUGUUGAACAAUUACAAGCAUCAAAGCCUUUACAAAAUGAUUUUAAUAAUUUUAAUUUGAAUAAUAAUAAUAGUAUUGUUGUUGGACAAGUUGUUAAUCAACAUCAACAGACUAGCUCAAAUCCACCGCCUCCAAUUUUCACAAAUUCAAAUUAUCCUCCACCACCACAACGUAUUCAAGGGGCUUCUUUGAGCAGCAAUAUUAUUGUUAAGCAACAACAAAAUGCUUCAACAGUUAUUUCACCUCCUCGUCCUCAAAAUUUGCCUACUAAUAAAAAUAUAAUUCAGCCACCAAAGUUAAAACCACCACCUCCACCUGUUCCACCUGUGGUUAAAGAGUCAUCUCCACCGCUUCAAAAUGCUAUGGAUAAGAAUUCUUCAGCGCCGGGGGGACCACCUCCUCCUCCUCCACCGCCAUGUCCGCCUCCACCGCCAUCUUUACUUUCAAAACAAUUUUUGAGAGAGAAUACAGAAAAUAUACCCAAAAAUCAAUGUCAACUUCAAGCAGCUCAUCCACCACCACCCCCUCCUCCACCACCGCCAAUUGAUAAUAAAGCAAAUCUUCUUCAACAAAUUCAACAAGGAGCAAAUUUGCGUAAAGUUGGAUUUCCUCCAGAUGAUAGAAAGCCUGUGCCUACAAAUCCUCCAAAUUUGAGGGAUAGUAUGAUGGAACAAAUUAAGCAGGGGACAAGUUUGAAACAUGUUUGUAUUUUUUUUUAUAAUUUUUAUAAAUCUUCCCAAGUGGGUUGGAGGCAGCCAUGUCAAAGAUUUUUGGGAAUUUGUGGGGUUGGGUUUCGGUCAAUAAAAAAUUGAGUUUGAAUAAUCCAUUACAGCCCUGGUUGGGUUAGGUAAAAAAUUUUUUUCUGGAUUAACAGUGAGUGAGUUUUUCUGUUUUGUCCACGAAAAACAUAAAUGAAUAAUAUAACUCCUCCUCUUUGGUCUCUCUCCUCUACAAUCUAAAGACUUAUGCCUACAAGUGGCACUGUCGGGUUGUGUUUCGGUCUGGGCUCAUUCCAUGAGUUUUUCUACUUCAUCUCCCAUCCAAUCCCGGUUUCUGCAUAUGGGGGAUUUUUUAAAUUUUUGGAUUCGGGACAAAUACACGAAGUGAGUAAGGCGUAAAAAUUAACUGGAUAUUUUUGGACCUGUCCAAUUCUUCUAUUAAUAUCUCAAAAAUUUGAUAGGUCGAUCAAGCAACAGUUGAACAAAAUCGUCGUUCUGGUGGUGGAUUACAAGAUUUUACUGGAAUGGCAGGAGCAUUGGCUAGAGCUUUAGAGGAAAGGAGGAAAAAUAUACGGCCUGACGAUUCUUCUGAUUCUUCAAGCGAUAGUAGUACAGACAGUGAAUGGGGAGAGGAUUCAUAAGAGGAGGAAAGGUAGUUUCUUUGUGUUAUCUAAAAAGAGGUUUGAUUUUGAAAGAAAAUUUAAAUUUUAUAUAUCCACAAA